UGUGUGAGAGGCCCAGAGAGCUAAGGAGAGGGGGGUGUUUAGAUCAGUUACAACUCCCAGUGAGAAUCACCCAGACAGUGGAGAGGGUGACUGAGGACUGUGUGUGAGAGUGGGAAAUAGUCUGGAGCUCAAGAGAAGAGAGAAAGAGAAGAAAGACAAAAGGGAAAAAAGCUGUUCAACUCCAAGACCAAUACACAGAGAGAAGCCAGUCAAGGACUGUAUCAGAGUGGAACCAAGCAGAGGUUGAGACAGACGCACAGCACCUGGAGAAGGUUCACCCCGACUGAAAGUGACAGAGGUCCACUAUUACAACAACCACAAGCCUGGAACGCCAGUCCUGCUCUGAGCUGCUCUUGUUUUUCUCUGGGUGGAAAUUCCUCUGAGACGUCACUGCUAGCUAAGCUCAGCUGAACAACCACAGCAGAAGAGGACUCUGGUGUUGUUGUGGUUGUUGGACAAAAUAGUGUGUGUGGAGCUAGAGAGAGGAACAUGUUUGACUGUAUGGAGGCUCUAGGGAUGGCCCCUCGGCCGCUCUUCGACGUGUCCACUCAGGGGGCUUGUAUGCUGGGCAAGGCCACCCCCUUCUUCCCUGGUCUGGACCCCUUUGCCUGGGGUGGGACAGCCAGUGUUCAGUCAGUAGAGACCCAGAGCACCAGCUCUGAGGAGAUGGUGCCCAGUUCACCCUCUCCGCCCCCUCCUCCCCGCAUCUACAAGCCUUGCUUCGUGUGCCAGGACAAGUCCUCUGGAUACCACUAUGGGGUCAGCUCAUGUGAGGGCUGCAAGGGAUUCUUCCGGCGCAGUAUUCAGAAGAACAUGGUGUAUACCUGCCACCGAGACAAGAACUGUCAGAUCAACAAGGUGACCCGUAACCGCUGUCAGUACUGCCGGCUGCAGAAGUGCUUUGAGGUCGGCAUGUCCAAAGAAGCGGUGCGUAAUGACAGGAACAAGAAGAAGAAAGAUGUGAAGGAGGAGGUGGUGUUGCCGGAGAGCUAUGAGCUCAGUGGAGAACUGGAGGAGCUAGUCAACAAAGUCAGCAAGGCCCACAAAGACACCUUCCCCUCACUCGUCCAGCUGGGCAAAUAUACUACAAACUCCAGUGCAGACCACCGUGUGCAGUUGGAUCUGGGGCUGUGGGAUAAGUUCAGUGAACUUUCCACCAAGUGCAUCAUCAAAAUAGUGGAGUUUGCCAAGCGCCUGCCAGGCUUCACCACCCUCACCAUCGCUGACCAGAUCACACUUCUCAAAUCAGCCUGUCUGGACAUACUGAUGCUGAGGAUCUGCACUCGCUACACUCCGGAGCAGGACACAAUGACCUUCUCAGACGGGCUGACCCUGAACCGGACCCAGAUGCAUAACGCAGGCUUCGGCCCGCUCACAGAACUGGUGUUUGCCUUUGCUGGCCAGCUGCUGCCUCUGGAGAUGGACGACACAGAGACUGGCCUCCUCAGUGCCAUCUGCCUCAUCUGUGGAGAUCGUAUGGACUUGGAGGAGCCCCAGAAGGUAGACAAGCUGCAGGAGCCCCUCCUGGAGGCCCUAAAGAUCUACGCCCGCCGCAGACGCCCCAACAAGCCACAUUUGUUCCCCCGUAUGCUGAUGAAGGUCACGGAUCUCAGGGGCAUCAGCACCAAGGGUGCAGAGAGGGCCAUCACUCUGAAGAUGGAGAUCCCAGGCCCCAUGCCUCCUCUGAUCAGGGAGAUGCUGGAGAACCCUGAAGCCUUUGAGGACAGCAGCGACUCUGGGGACAGCGCCUCCGCCGCCGCCCCCCCCGCCAUCCAGGCCAUCAAGAAAGAGAGAGAGGAGGAGAAGAGCCUGGAGGAGGAAGAUGAGGAGGACGAAUGGGGGGAUGAAGAUAGGGAGAGAGGGGCGGACAGCGAUGGGGAGCCUUGGGGGGAGGCUGCAGUGGCAGCAGGGGGGUCCCAGAAAGGAGCGACUGGGAGAGCCCAGUGAGAGACAUAGUGAUGCACUCUGACCCACACACAUCACCUCCUGCUCCACCACCCUCAGACAGACCAACACUCCCUGUCCUAGCACACCAUCAACUCCCUACAUGAUCAGCCCAUCCUGUAACAAGGGUCUUUGCCAAGACGUAGCAUUCACCUCUGUUGUUACACUACCCCCCCCCCCCCCCCCAUACAUUUACAAAUAUACACACAUACACAUACAUACUGUAUACCCAUAAUAAUUCCCUCUUUUCUCUAGAUAGACAGAGAAGUAAAGGCAGUAUAUGUGUUGAACCUACUCUGACACUCCCUGGUGAAACGGGCCCUUUCUAUAGGAAAAAGUGGAACACGUAGUCCGGGAGAAGAGGGAGAAAAACAAGCACUAAAUGUCACUGAGUUGGGUCAAGGGUCACGAGAGAUCACUGUGCCAACCAUAACACUGACCAUUAUGUUACUUUACAACGCUGUCGCCAAACAAACAGAAACGCAAGGAGGGGCAGCAGCUCCGAGAGGUGGUCUAUAGGAAAUGCACUCCCCCACUUUCCUUAACGGCUAGGAUAAGUGCAAGAGCAAUGACGAAACGACAUCUGCAACAACCAAACUCUUAAUGUGGAAACCAUUGCCACACAUGCCUUUGAAAAUAAUUUCCAGUGACAAUUGACCUUUAUUCUUCUAUUGUAUGACUUUCCAAAAGAAAACGUAUACAUUCAUAUUUCAUCAUAUUGUAUAUUCAUGUGUAUUACUAUGCAUUUUUCUAUUUUAUUGUUGUUUUGUAUGUUUGGGCUUCAGUCGUGCUCAUGUUUGAUGAGCCAUCUCAAACUAGCGAUAGAUUCUCAAUCUGGCAA